UAAAACAACUUCAGUAGGGCAAGACUAAUAUGGACAGUUCCAACCCCCAUGUGGUUAAUGGUGGAGAGAGAGUGUGUGUGAUAUAUUUAGCAGCUUUCUAUUUAGAAGCACAUGACAGAUGUGGAAGGUGGUGCUGACCCUAGCAGGUGAAGCUGGAAAUGCUGUAGUGGAUUGUAAAGUUAUUUUCAUGGUUAAAUAAUGUAUGUGGACAACAUCACUCUUACAAAGUGGGACUUGUCUAUUUUACUUUUUUAUUUUUUUGCUACACUGUAAAUUGUGACGAUUUGGGGGGCGGUGUCUUCAGAAGAACCACAUAUUUUUGCUUUACAUUGUAUAUUGUUUUUUUUCUCUGUGUGUGUGUGUGUGUGUGUGUGUGUGUUGAGCCUCAGUAUUUAGUGUAAUUGAAGUUGCACCUGGGAGGUCCUGUUGACUUACCAUCUGUGUCGUUGGGCUUUAGUGUUUGAAGGACUUGAGUCCCAGGAUGAGGGUGUCCUACAUCGUCUUCUCAGCCCAAGCAGUAGUAAUCCUGCCGCUGACUGGAGACAGGUCCAAGAUAGAUGAAGGCCUGAAUAAACUCAGCCAAAUUAACCCUGCAGGUGAAACUUACAUGCAUGAAGGCUUGAGAGCGGUGUCGCAGCAGAUGAAAAGACAAAUGACACCAUCACGCAGCAUCAUCAUCCUUCUGACUGAUGGCAAGCUGGAGGUUUACCCUUUUGAGCUGAGUGUGCAGGAGGCGGACCUGGUCAGAGGCUUUGGAGCCCGGGUGUACUGUGUCGGGGUCAUGGACUUUGACCACAAACAGCUUGCUGAAAUAGCAGACGGCGCAGAGCAAGUCUUCCCCGUGCUGUCGGGCUUCCACGCCCUCAAAGAUGUCGUCAGCUCUAUCCUCAAGCAGUCCUGCUCGCAAAUAUUCACCAUAGAGCCGUCAAGUGUUUGUGUCAAUGAGUCCUUCAAUGUGGUUGUGAGAGGCAGCGGCUUCAGCGGAUCAAAGAGGACGGACAACGUUCUCUGCUUUCUCACAGUCAGUCACAACACAUACAGCCAGAAGGCAACAGUAGCCGUGGAUGGUUACCUGCUGUGUCCAGCACCUGUGCUGCAUGACAUCGGACAGUCAGUGGAGGUGCUGGUGAGCUUCAACGAUGGCCAAUCCUAUAUUUCGGCUCCCAUGACCAUCUAUGCCACGACCUGUUCAGAUGGGAGUUGGGUGUUGUGGUUGCUGUUGGUUCUUCUCAGCUUGCUGCUUCUUGCUUUACUUUGGUGGUUUUGGCCUCUUUGCUGCACUGUGGUGAUCAGAGACCCUCCACCCGCUCGUGCUCCUCCUCCUCCUCCUCCUGAGCAAGAAGAAGAUGAUUCCCCCAAACACAAAUGGCCUACAGUGGAUGCGUCUUAUUAUGGAGGCAGAGGUCCUGGUGGAAUCAAACGCAUGGAGGUGCGCUGGGGUCAGAAAGGUUCCACAGAGGAAGGUUCCAGGCUGGAGAAAGCUAAGAAUGCUGUUGUCAUCAUGCCGGAUGACGAGGACGAGGCCGUCAUACCUCGACCACCACCCAGACCCCCCCCAGUCUAUAAUUCCCUACCACACAAAUGGUACACUCCCAUCAAGGGGCCUUUUGAUGCGUUGUUGGCGUUGUUGACAGGACAAUACCACAGAGUGGCCAUCAUGAGGCCAACACACAACCACAAGGGCCGCUGCAUCAACUUCACCAGAGUCCACUGAAAUGGAGGUUUUAUAUCAUGUAUUAUAAUUAUUAAAUGUCUUUCCAUUUAUCCUGG